UUUCUUGCAGCAGGGUGAAUGGGGAUGGGGUUGCAAUUUAUACAAAAAGAGAAACAGGCGCUUUUCCUGGCGGUGGUGUGAAAUCCGGGCUGUGAUUUGUGCAAAAGAUAAAAUGCAUUUUCCCGGCAGGGAUCUGAACGCCGUGUGUCAGUACGUAGGGUCUGAAUUUCUGGUGCAAUUUGUGGGUUAAAGAAAAAGAUGCACAGGUGGAUUUUCAAUAACAUAGUAGAAGCCAGAAGCUCCUCAAUAUGACGACUGAAACCUUUGUAAAGGACAUUAAACCCGGCUUGAAAAACUUGAACCUUAUUUUUAUUGUACUGGAAACAGGUCGGGUGACCAAGACAAAGGAUGGCCACGAGGUGCGGACGUGCAAAGUAGCCGACAAAACCGGCAGCAUCAACAUCUCAGUGUGGGAUGAUGUAGGGAACCUCAUUCAGCCGGGAGACAUCAUCCGAUUGACCAAAGGCUACGCAUCAGUUUUCAAAGGCUGCCUGACCCUCUACACGGGCCGCGGAGGAGACCUGCAGAAAAUCGGAGAGUUCUGCAUGAUUUACUCCGAGGUCCCGAACUUCAGCGAACCCAACCCAGAGUACGUGAUCCAGCAGUCCCAGAGCAAAGCCGCCCCGAACGACAACGCGACCCCUGCUGCUUCCCAGACCACCCCAGGCCCUGCCGCAUCGUCCCCAGCUGCCGACAACCAGAACGGCAACGGGCUGAGUGCCCCAAGCCCCAGCGGCCCCCCACACCCACCCAGCGGCCGGAUCACCAGGAGCCAGCCGAAUCACCAGGGCGCAGGCUCGGCCGGGUCCAGCUCGUCCUCCAACCCCAUCAGCAACGGCAAAGAGACCCGGCGAAGCAGCAAGAGAUAACACCGCGGGGCCGGGACCCCCCACCCCAGCACUGUGCCGGCUCGCCCCGGGCCCCACUGCCAAGGCCGGGAGGAGGCUGGGCUGGGGGGCAGGAGAGACCAUGGCCAGGCGUCACUUCGGGCUAGAUCAGAGACAGCAAAUCAAGAGCGUUUUAGUCGUCGCGGUCGUGACCAUUUUCACCGGGACCGUGGUGUUCUCCUGAGCAGUGAUGGGGAGGGGGGCGCCCCCCCAUUGGAAACCGGCCCUUCACAGCUCUGCUCUGAGACUAAACGGAGCCGCAGCAAAGUGCAGCCCUGCCCCCGCUGGGAUCCCCACAUGCCCCUUGGGGGGGGAUGCCAGCUCCCCCUCCCUCCCCAGCUCACUGGAUUUCGUUCCUUUGGUGGACUUUUUUAAUUGUUCUUGGGUUUUGUUUUUUUUUUUGUUUUUUUUUACAAAUAUCCUGAAACUUUUUAGCAAACUUUAAAAAAGCCGCUUUUGCCAGGUGGGGUCAGCGGCCGGGGGGGCGGAUGGGGACUGCUGAAGCUGCCGGGUGUAGGAUGGGGGGCAGCAGCCCCCCUCUCCUUGCCCCCUUUGGGUCUUGGUGUCUCAGCGGAGGCUGCCUAAGACGGAGUGUGGAGCCAAAUCUCUCCCCCAUCCCCUCCGCUCCCCCCCCCCGGGCCAGCAGCAGCUCAGGGUACCUUGGGGCGCACACAGCAGAAGGGGGGAGCGAUGGGGGGGGCGCUGGUUCCAGCCCAGGUUGGCCGUGAUCCCUGCCUGGGCGCUCUGGGCCCCACCCUGCAUGGAAUGAGUUUGCUGGGUCUCAGGCCAGUUGCGAGGAGACAAAUGUCUCCGUCACGACGAGCAACCCCCCCCCCAGCAGCUGGCAGCCCCCUCGCAUCAUGGAGCUGGUGGGGGCAGCUCCCGGGACGGGCUAGAAGGAGGAUUUGGGCUCUAGGCCCCCAGGAGAGACUCACCCAAAUUGCUGUCACGUCUGCCCACCCAGGGAGGGAUCCCCCAGCAGGAUCGGGCCUGGCGCUGGCCUUGGAGCUGUUCUCCCUCGCCCGCUGGUUUGGAGAAUGCUCUUCCCCCCCCAGCCUGAUGCUCCCAGCCACCACCCCCCUUUUAUUCUGUUUUAACUCCCCCCCCCCCCCCCAAACUCCCUUCUCUUGUCUCACCCGAGCUGAGUCACUGACCUGCCCGGGGCUGCUUUGGAAUAAAGGUCGUGCCGCCAUCCCCCUCCACCUGCCGUGUGGUUGCUUGCGCCCGGGCCCCAGGGGAACCUUUGCACCAGCCACACCGGGCCUGGUCUGCUGGCAUC